CGACGAGACCUCCCCAACUUGCCCCAAUUCCCCUUGAACCCCGACAUUCCCAUGGGCGAGGGAGACACUCCGGAGCCCGGGCCCCCGCCCCCGCCGCCGCCGCACCCCGACAAGCGGCAGCGCCGCCCCAACGUCCGGCUUGCCGGCUCCGUAGCCUUACCGUCGCACCUCCCCCACCCACGCCGCGUCCCAGUUAUCCCCGUCUCUAGGCCCCGCCACCACAACCCCUCGGCAAAAACCCCAAGCCCCCCAAAAUCCUCAAGCCCAACCACCGCUCUCGAUGACCUCGUCCUCGCGGCCGCCUUCCCCCGUAAGCCUAGGGUUCUGGAGCAGCAGCAGGAGGAGGUGGAGGUGCUCGACGUGGCGGAGUGGUUGUGGGGCCUGGGGAUGGGGCGCUACGCCGCCGCGUUCCAGGCGCACGAGGUGGAUGGCGAAGUGCUGCCCUGCCUCACCAUGGACGACCUCCGCGACAUGGGAAUCGGCGCCGUCGGAGCACGGCGCAAGCUCUUCUGCGCCAUCCAGAGGCUGCGGUAUCCUCCGCCGCCUCCCAACCCAAGGAGGUGAAAACGUUCUGUCCUCCCUGUCUCUGAAGUGCUCGCUAGUUCCACCUAGGAUGUGCGUGGGACAGGCCUCUCUGGAUGUGUAAAAAAUGUAAAAUGAGAAGGUUUGAUCCUUUCAUCGUUGUGAAAUGGUAGUAUAAUGGUAGUGUCACUAGUGUGUAAAAGAAACAUGUUGGAAAUGCUA